CAACACACCUGUUGGAAGCUUGUCAAUUUAUAUUGAGAGUUGAGGGAAAGUUGGAACUGUAACUUCUGUGUUUAUUAAAUUAAAUUAUACUGAAGCUGGCUAUUUUUUUCCCCAAGAGAGGAUUUAAACUUUGCACUCAAAGGCUUGGUACCUGAGAACCAUGAUGGAGUGGAAACUGCUUCCCGUGUACUUGUCGCUGCUCUCUGUGUUCUUGAUUCAGCAAGUUUCUUCUCAAGAUAUAUCAAGCUGUGCAGGGAGAUGUGGGGAAGGGUAUUCUAGAGAUACCCCCUGCAGCUGUGACUAUAACUGUCAACACUACAUGGAGUGCUGCCCCGAUUUCAAGAGAGUCUGCACCGUGGAGCUUUCCUGUAAAGGCCGCUGCUUCGAGUCCUUUUCUCGAGGGAGGGAGUGUGACUGUGACUCAGACUGUAAGAAGUACGGCAAGUGCUGUCCGGAUUAUGAGGCUUUCUGCGAAGAAGUGCAUAACCCCACCACACCGCCAUCUCCAAAGACCGCGCCUCCGCCUGCGGGAGCGCCUCCGCCUGCGGGAGCACGUCCGCCCGUCAAAUCAACCACCAAACGUUCACCCAAAUCCACAGACAAGAAGAAGACUAAGAAAGUUGUAGAAUCAGAGGAAAUAACAGAAGAACAUUCUGUUUCUGAAAACCAAGAGUCUUCCUCCUCCUCUUCCUCUUCCUCUUCGAGUAUUCGGAAAUUCAAGUCUUCCAAAAAUUCAGCUGCUAAUAAAGAAUUAAAGAAGAAACCCAAAGUAAAAGAUAACAAGAAACAAGCUCCUAAAAAGAAACCUGCUCCAGAACCACCAGCUGGAGAUGAAGCUGGAAGCGGACUGGACAAUGGUGACUUCAAGCCCACCUCAACCCCGGACCUACCUGCCACUCAACGCAGUGAAGUAACCACAACCUCCAAGGUGACAACAGUGACAACGACAAGUUCUAAACCCAGCCCGUCGCCUGCCUCUGAAACAUCCAAAGAGACGUCUUCGACGGCCAAUACAGAGACAACAGUUGAAACUAAAGAGACUUCUGUAACAACUAAAGAGACUUCAACUAGUGAGAAGGAGAAAACUACUUCAGGCAAAGAGACACGCAGCACAGAAACAACAUCUACUAAAGAUUUGGGAGCCACGACAGUUUCUGCUAAAUCUACAACCAAAGUUGAAACUACAACCAAAUCUGUUACUCCCACCACCACUCAAAAGCCUUCUCCCACCACCCCCCCCAAGAAGCCUGCACCUACCACCCCCAAGGAGCCUGCACCUACCACCCCCAAGGCAUCUGAACCUACCACCACUAAGAAGCCUGAACCCACCACCACUAAGAAGCCUGAACCCACCACCACUAAGAAGCCUGAACCCACCACCACUAAGGAGCCUGAACCCACUACCCCUAAGAAGCCUGAACCCACCACCCCCAAGGACCCUGAACCCACUACCCCCAAGGCACCUGAACCCACCACCACUAAGAAGCCUGAACCCACUACCCCUAAGGAGCCUGAACCCACCACGCCCAAGGAGCCUGAACCCACCACGCCCAAGGAGCCUGAACCCACCACGCCCAAGGAGCCUGAACCCACCACCCCCAAGGAGCCUGAACCCACCACUCCCAAGAAGCCGGAACCCACCACUCCCAAGGAGCCUGAACCCACCACUCCCAAGAAGCCUGAACCCACCACGCCCAAGGAGCCUGAACCCACCACGCCCAAGAAGCCGGAACCCACCACUCCCAAGGAGCCGGAACCCACCACUCCCAAGGAGCCGGCUCCCACUUCUCCUGAGACACCUGCUCCAACCAUCUCAAAGGCCUCUACUCCUCCCCCUCCUCCCAAGAAUCCUGCUGCACCAACUCCUGAGUUUCCUGUAGAACCCCUGCCAGAGGCUCUGGAAAACAGUCCCAAGGCGCCUGCUGUACCUACAACCAAGGCUCCUGAAGGAACCAAGCCUGAAACGACUACUACAGUGAAGGAUAAGACAACAGAAAAAGCCACACAGACUACAACUAAGAUCACAACCGCUACAUCUAAGAGUACAACAGUAGAUGCGGCAACACCAAAAGAAGAAACGGCUACUGAAUCCAAAAAAACUACCACAACUGUGCAGGUAACAACUACCACAACCAAGGAUGCCACCACAUCACCCAAAGUUACUCCUAAGGAAACAACCCCUGCUUCCAAGGUGACGACGACAACCAAAAAGACAACUACUACGACCGAAGAGUCUGUGAAUACACCUGAAGAAAUGACACCACCAGAAGACACAGCUACUGACCCUAAAGUGACUCCUAAACUCCCAAAUCCAACUAAAGCACCCCGGACGCCCACUUCUACCAAAAAGCCAAACACAACACCGACAGUGAGAAAACCGAAGCCGACACCGUCUCCCCCCAAGAUGACUCCAUCAACGGCGCCUACACCAAACCCUGCCUCUCCGGGGAAAGCCACGCCCCCAACCAGCCCCUGCUCUCAUGAAGCUCCCAACUCAGAAGUGGCUGGAGAAAAUCCAAACGACGAAGAUGCAAAUGCCGCUGAAGGAGAAAAACCUCCCGUGAUCCUCAGGCCCCAGGUGUUAACUCCUAUCAUCGUUCCAGGCUCCGAUCUCAUAGUGCAAGGACCCAACCAAGCCAUCGGCAUCAACCCCAUGCUCUCAGAUGAGACUAAUCUGUGCAACGGUAAGCCAGUAGACGGGCUGACGACGCUGGCCAACGGGACACUGGUUGCAUUUCGAGGUCAUUAUUUCUGGAUGCUAAAUCCAUCCAGCCCACCACCUCCUCCCCGUAGAAUUACUGAAGUUUGGGGUAUCCCCUCCCCCAUCGACACUGUUUUUACGAGGUGCAACUGUGAAGGCAAAACUUUCUUCUUUAAGGAUUCCCAGUACUGGCGUUUCACCAAUGAUGUACAAGACCCUGGGUACCCCAAACAAAUUGUAAAAGGCUUUGGAGGACUAACGGGAAAAAUAGUGGCAGCUCUUUCCAUACCUAAAUAUAAGGACAGACCUGAAGCUGUGUAUUUUUUCAAGAGAGGCGGCAGAGUGCAGGAGUACACUUACAAACAGGAACCCACCAGGAAGUGCGCUGCAAGAAGGCCUGCCAUUAACUACCCAGUGUUUGGAGAAACCACGCAGGUCAGGAGACGUCGCUUCCAGCGGGCGAUUGGACCGCAAAUGCACACCAUCAGAAUUCAAUACACGCCCGUCAGAGUCCAUUACCAAGACAAAGGCUUCCUCCACAAUGAGGUCAAAGUGAGCUCACUGUGGAGAGGACUUCCCAGCGUGGUGACCUCGGCCGUGGCGCUGCCCAACAUCAGGAAACCCGACGGCUACGAUUACUACGCCUUUUCUAGGGACCAACACUACAGCAUCGACGUGCCCAGGAGGACAGCCAGAGCCCUCUCCACCCGCCCCGGGAGGACCUUAGCCAACGUCUGGUACAACUGCCCUCAGGCCGGCGAGCAGGGGAAGGGACAAUGAAAGCGAGGAAAGAGUGAUGCAUUUUGACAAUGAAAGCAAAAAAGGAUAAAUUUUGACAUUGAAAUACAUUUUAUUAAUAAAGAAUGUUGAGAUAAGCA